AUGUUCCUCGAUCUCUUCCGGUCCAAAGAGACCAGAAUGAACAAAGCGGCCACCGCGCGAGUGAUCAAAGAGCAGAAAGAGAACCGCAAGCGUCAGGAAAAGGCCGUUGCUGCAGCGAAGCCGAUGGGUCCUAUGAUUCAGGAUCUGGAGGCGGCACUCACCACCACUCCGGAGGUGGACAUGAUGGAAGUCACUCCGGGGGAGCCUCCAGCAGUUGUGACUCAGGUGGUAGCAACAGCAGUGAUUCAGGCGGCGGUUCGGACUCCGGAGGUGGCGGAGGAUGCUAAACGGGAAUGCGGGCUCGGUUUCAUCCAGUUUUAUAUUAACAUCACCAACUCGGAGGAUUUUUUUGAGGAACUAGUCCGACAAUAG